AUGACUUCCGAAGAAGACAUAAACUACAACCAAACGAACUCGAAUUCCUCCGAGGACAAGAAAAGCACCGAUGAGAAGAUCAAUACAAAUGAGAAGGCGGUAAAGGACGAGGAAUCUGAAGCCGAAACCCUCAGAAGAUUAAUCGCGCCGUUAUCCAAAGAACAGCUAAUAGACAUCCUGGCAACGUCCGCCUUAAUCCACCAGGACAUACGUGACAAAUGCAACGAAGCCGUUGCUUCCUCCCCCUCUACGAGAAGGUUAAUGGUCCGUAAUAUCCCAUUCAGUACUCGCGAUGAACAAUUUUUGAAAUACUUCCAGACGUUCGGAGAAAUCGAAGAUGGAAUUAUAGUACGAGAAAGGGAAGGCAGAUCAAAAGGGUAUGGUUUUGUCACCUUUAAAUUUGUCGAGUCUGUGCAGAAAUGCUUAAAAAGUAGUCAUACCUUAGACAAUAAAGAGUUGCAAGUAAGAUUAGUAGCCGACCCAUUUACAGAUCAUUAUCAAAAUAAAUUAUUCGUCCGAAAUUUAUCCCAAAAAACAAACGUCGCCACGUUGAGAGAUAUUUUUGAAAAGUAUGGGAAAUUAGAAGAGUGUGUAAUUAUACAUGACAAUGAAGGGAAAUCCAAAGGAUAUGGUUUUUUAACCUUUUCUUCACCAAAAGAAGCAUUUAAAGUUAUGCAACAACCCGAACGAAUUAUAGACAACCGAGUUGUUUUUCUACAUUUUGCGGUAUCACAAAAUUAUAAGAAAUUUCAAAAUAAUCAAACGUUUAUGGAAAAAAACCAAAGCUACAUCUACUAUCAAAAAAAUAAUAUAAAUAACAUACAUAAUAUAAAUAGUCGUCAUAACUAUGCCCGAAGACCACCCGUAUAUCAUCAUGAAAAUGAGGGACCGAAUACUUUUAACUACCCUAUUUCGUUUGUUCCAAAUGUAUACACGAAUGUCCCCCAUGGCUAUCAGUUGAAUUAUCCCUCAAAUUUGGAUUCUUUUAAUGGCUUCUACAGCAAUAAUACAAGGUAUUAA